AAGUUUCUGAGGAAACUUGGUUGAUAGAUACAAUUCAUCAAUUUUUAGAAUCUGCUGUGCAUGAUAUUCCUGGGCUGUCUGUUCACUCCACAUGUGCUACUCUUUUGAGGCACCUUAGAAAUGAAAAAAAUCGUAAACCAGACAGAACUGUAAGAUUAAAACUUGAAGACAAUCAGAACUAUAAGAUUAAAACUUGA